GGGGGGGGGGGGGGGGGGAGGGAGAGGGAGAGAGAGAGAUAGAGAGACUUGUUUCAGUAAAGAGAGACCAAAGACCAAAGUGAGACUAAAACCAAAGGAGAACAAGCUCUAGGGGGGAGGAGAGGGUCUGUGACCUCAUGUGACAUGUGAUGCGCUCUCCACCAGUCACGCAGUGGGACGGCAGGACAGACAGGCCUGCACGGGAGGUGGCGUGAGGUUUGUUCACCAACUGGUUGAUGCUCCUUGGUGGCCACCAGCGUUUGUUCAGAGAGAGAGACCCAUCAGCCAGACACCUGGAACCUGGACCCUCAUCCAUCCACCUGGCCCCCUACGCACCAGGCCAGCCCCCCCCCUCCCUCCCCCCUCCUCUCUCCCUGGUCCAGACGACCUACUACCACCCGGCCACCAGCGACCACCACCAGAGCGGAACAUCUCCAGCACCUGCGGUGAGUCGGAUCCACACAAACAUCAAACUGACCCAUCCCUCUCUCUCUCUCUCUCUCUCUCUCUCUGUCUGUCUCUCUCUCCCUCUCUCUUUCCUGCCCUCUCUGUGAAUUUUCCCUCUCCCACCCUGUCUUUCAUCCUUUCACUCACUUAGCUUCUCUCUCUCUCUCUCUCUUUCUCUCUCUCUUAAUGUCUACUUCUCUCGGCUGCACACACAUGCUGCUCUCUUUGCAGGCUUGUGGCUAGGGAUUCCUGUGGUACUCACAAACCCCAAAUACUUGGUUGCAAACGGGCGCUCAGUUCCAGGAUCUGUCUCUCUCUCUCUCUCUCUCUCUCUCUCUCUCUCUCUCUCUCUCCCUCUCUGACUCUCUCUUCCUCUCUUUAAUCUGUGCCGUUGCUGUGCAGGGCUGCUGGUUGUCGGUGGCUGGUAGAGGCGGACUGCGAGAGACGCCGCCGACCCACUCUUCUCGUCUUCACUGAAAGGACAUGGCAUCCAACAGCAUCUUCGACUCCUUCAGCAAUUACUCCAGCAGUCUUCUCAGAGACCCAACUACUACCAGACGGUUCACGCCGCCAUCAACGUCGUUUCCUUGCAAGAUUCCAGACGGCAGCGGCAGCAUGGGCACUCCGGGACCGCUGAGGACCAGACCAGAGGCCAGGUCUGUAGUGGACGUUUUAGCGGACCACGCCGGCGAGCUUGUACGGACGGACAGCCCAAACUUUCUGUGCUCCGUACUUCCCUCGCAUUGGAGAUGCAACAAAACCCUACCUGUGGCUUUCAAGGUGGUCGCUCUCGGUGAUGUUCCUGAUGGCACUUUGGUUACCGUGAUGGCUGGGAACGACGAAAAUUAUUCGGCGGAGCUGAGGAACGCGUCUGCGGUGAUGAAGAACCAGGUGGCCAGAUUCAACGACCUGCGGUUUGUGGGCAGGAGUGGCCGUGGAAAGAGCUUCACCCUUACCAUCACAGUUUUCACUGGACCGCCUCAGGUGGCAACCUACCACCGUGCAAUCAAAGUGACAGUCGAUGGCCCACGGGAACCUCGACGUCACAGAGUGAAACUGGAGGACCCUCAGAAGAUGCCCUUCACAGAGCGCAUGAGUGAGAUUGAGCGCUACCAGAGAAUCAGGAUGGGCACCAGCAAUGGCAACCCGCGCCCACCCCACCAGACCCACUUCGGUUCAUCCACCUCCCAGCUCGGAGCCCUGUGGUCAGAGCAGAUGGACCCCUCAGGCAUGAAGCCGUGUAAGGUUGAAGAGGAUCUGCGCUGGACAGGCACCACCGACCUGUUCCCUCAGAGGUCCUUUGCGUCCUCCCUGUCCCCUCUGCCGCGCUUCCCAGACCCUCACGUGCACUACCCCGGGGCCUUCACCUACUCAGCCAACCCGUCCAGCACGGGCAUCGGCGGCCUGAGCGUCACGGGCAUGCCCUCGUCCCGUUACCACACCUACUUGCCGCCGCCGUACCCAGGGAACCAGAACCAGAGCUCCCACUUCCAGACCAACUCCUCGCCCUACCACCUGUACUACGGCACCGGCUCGGGCUCGUACCAGUUCUCCAUGGUGGCGGCGGGCGGCGCAGGCAGCGGGGUGUCGGGUUCCGGGGCCGGUGAGCGCUCGCCCACCCGCAUGCUGAGCUCCUGCACUGGGGCGUCGGCGGGCAGCGGCAGCCUGAUGGGCAACCCCAGCCUGAGCAGCCAGAAUGACGGCGUGGACGCGGACGGCAGCCACAGCAACUCACCCACCGCCAUGACCGCCUCGGGCCGCAUGGACGAGUCCGUGUGGAGGCCCUACUGACCCCCGCGCCACGCCGGGGCCAGGAGCAGGACUGUGGGAGGAGGAGAAGGAAGAGGAAGAGGAGGAGGUGGUGAAAGAGAGAGAGAGAUUAAAUGGUAGAGAAGUAGAGAGAGAGAGGCGGAGAAAUGAGUUUGAACGCAGAAGUUUGAUUAUGUAAAUGUUUGAAAGAAAAAAGCAACCAAAAAAAAUGCUGCAUGUUUUGUGUGUCAGUUUGUCUGUUAGCCUUCCCCACUGUGCUUCUUUGUGUCGGUUCAAAGUAUCUGGUGGAACGAUUCAUUUGCAUCCUGAGUUGUUUCAAAUACUCAUGAUGUCCAUUGAAAAAAACAAAAACUUUGUGACUGUCCUCUUGACCAAAGCGCCUUGACCCGUCUGGACAGCCACAGCAAAAGAAAGAUAGAUGGUAUCAAUAAACUGUAUAUAGAUGGAAAUGGUGCGCGUAACAGCCAUAGUAAUAUAUCCGCAACUCUUUUGAGAUAUCUUGACAACUGAAAUAACCAAAGACUACAUCUGCCAAAAUGCUUUGCCUUCCAGGAUCCCUGCAGCAGGACAAUUAUAUAAUUGACUGUGUUUCUUCAGCUGUGGUGGAGGAUCCAUUGAUCUGUCACAUGAAAUGGAACCGUUGUCUCAAUGCCAAUGUUCUGUACUUAUUUUGAUGCAAGGUGGAAUAACAGAGGGAGUGUUCUAAUGUCUCUCCAGGAUAAUGCCUCUUCUCCUGCCAUGAAUGCCAGCAGUCACUAGGCAACAGAUCAGAUUGCUCACUAUGCAUUUGCUAUUAAGAUCUCACACACACACACACACACAUCCGUAACAGGGCACAGUUUUCUGGGUUUUGUUUUUGUCGAAAUCCCUCACGCAGCACAGAGAUAUGUAACAUAAGAAUAUUAUAAGAGCGCAGUCACUUUUACAAGACGGGUUAAAUAGACACUCUUAAGUAUUUAAGAACCAGAGAGAGAGUGUGUAGUCUCGUGCGUUUUCCCCAUAAGUAUGAAUAAUUUACGGCCCACGGAUUCAUUUUUUUAUUUUAUUACUAAUCAACAUUUUUCUGUCAAAUCUGAUUUACUCUGUUUUGGCAUCGCAAUUUCUACUAUUUGUCAUGGUUUGUUUUUAACUGAAUAAUGUUUGUGUUUUUUUUUUAUUUAUUUGAGCUAAUUAUUAUGUUCCUGUGUGUUUCUGGGUCAAUCUGUCCUGAUCUACUUUCAUGUCUUUUUUCUCUUUUUUCUUUCUUUUUUGUUUAAUAUAAAUGACAAGUUUUGCUACUGUAAUAUAUUACUUUAAAUUAUAAAAACAAAAUGUUUUUAACGUAAUGUUAUUUUCUGAUUUAGCUUUGAUGCACUAAAAGUGUUAUUUAAAAA